UAACCUUUAUACAAAUUUCCCCCAAUUUUUUCCCUCUCUAAUUCUCUCUCUCUCCUCUUUCUCUCUCCUCUCCUUUUUUGCUCUCUCCUGCUCUUUCUCUGUUCCAUUUGACGCCCAUGGCGCUCAAUUGCGCUAGGUUUUGGGUUUCGGGAAUUUGAUGAAUUAUUGACGGUGCAGUGUGUUGGAUUUUUAGGGUUGAACUUUUGAGCUUUUCCGUGUUUAAAUGGCGGAGGCACCGACAAGUCCAGGCGGUGGAAGCCCUGAAAGCGGUGACCAAAGCCCUCGUUCCAAUGUUCGGGAGCAGGACAGGUACCUUCCUAUUGCCAAUAUCAGUCGGAUUAUGAAGCGUGCUUUGCCUGCCAAUGGAAAGAUUGCUAAGGAUGCCAAGGAGACUGUUCAGGAAUGUGUUUCUGAGUUCAUCAGCUUCAUUACCAGCGAGGCAAGUGAUAAGUGUCAAAGGGAAAAAAGAAAGACGAUUAAUGGGGAUGAUUUGCUUUGGGCUAUGGCUACUUUAGGGUUUGAAGAAUAUAUUGAUCCUCUUAAAGUGUACUUGACUCGUUAUCGAGAGGGUGAUACGAAAGGGUCUGCUAAGGGGGGUGAAGCCUCAGGCAAAAGGGAUUCGAUGGGUGGUCAACCACCUCAGCUUGCGCAUCAAGGUUCUUUCAGUCAAGCCAUGAACUACGGGAACUCAUCGGCUCAGCAUCUAAUGGUUCCUAUGCAAGGACCAGAGUAGGUAUUAUCUGCAAUUCAUUGAUAUUAUAUAUAAUUGAUAAUUUCAGUGAUGGGAAGUUUUAUUACGUUCCCAAUGAAGUCUGAAGUCUGAAGUCUAAAGUCGAUUUGAUCAGUUCUAUAGGGACAAACUUAAAAAAUCAAGGAUACUGUCUUAUUCUUAGCUAGGUUUUGUAGGGGCUGUUUGUCUCGUUGUUUAUCAGAUAAGUGUUUGAUAGUUCUGUAUAUGAAAUUGUGAGUGGUUUGUCCAAGACGUAAAGAGAUUCUUUUAUUGUAUACUAUUGACCUUGAGUGAUGCAUAACUUUUUUUUAUAAUUUGUUUUAUGUUAUAAAGGCAGGUUGACUUUUUUGAA